AUGUUCUCAGCCCUAGCUUACCAGUUAUCUUCAAAGUUUCUGGAAGAGCAGAAGUGUUCGUGCCUGGAGCCGCGCGUGAAGUGCCGCACGAUGUCGAAGAAGCCGGCCGCGCAGCCGACGCUGCACAAGGUGAUCAUGGUGGGCUCCGGCGGCGUGGGCAAGUCCGCGCUCACGCUGCAGUUCAUGUACGACGAGUUCGUUGAAGACUACGAGCCCACUAAGGCAGACAGCUAUAGGAAGAAGGUAGUGUUGGACGGUGAGGAGGUUCAGAUCGACAUCCUGGACACGGCGGGGCAGGAGGACUACGCCGCCAUCAGAGACAACUACUUCCGAUCAGGAGAGGGCUUCCUCUGUGUCUUCUCCAUCACUGAGCCCGAGAGUUUUGAUGCCACGCAGGAGUUCAGAGAACAGAUCCUGCGCGUGAAGAACGACGAGAACAUUCCGUUCCUGCUGGUGGGCAACAAGUCGGACCUGGCGGACAAGCGCCGCGUGCCGCUCGACAACUGCCGCGAGCGCGCGCAGCACUGGCAGGUGCCCUACGUCGAGACUUCCGCCAAGACGCGGGACAACGUCGACAAGGUGUUCUUUGACCUGAUGCGUGAGAUCCGGUCGCGCAAGUCUGACGACAGCCGCGCCACCAACGGGGACGUCAAGGGGAAAAAGCGGAGGAAAAUCAAGUGCGCCAUAUUGUAG